AAGAGGAAAAAAAAACCCAUACUUGGGAUUUCCAUAAAAUUUAAGCCUUGGCAGGGCUUAGGCAGCAAAAGCUCUCGUUAUCAGAACCUCAGCUCCCGUGGCCCUGAUUUCUCACAAAAUCCGAUUUUGGUAACUCAGCUUUUUUAAACCUUGUCUCUCAAAGAUACCAAUUCUGAAGGUACUUGAGGUGGCUCUUUAACCCAGCUGAAGAAGGGUAGCUGUGUCAAAAGUCUGUGUUUCUGUCUGAAGACUUGAGUCUCAGUUCCUGUGGCCUCCUUUUCAAAGACUCAGUCUAACACAUCCUAAAUUAACUCACCAGGCAACAGAGUGUGAAAUCGGACAUGACCGAUCGAUCCUUGGGCAUUGAUUCAAAGCAAAACUAAUGGAAUGUAAAGAAAAUAGAUGAACUUGUGACCAUGGGCGAUUGGAACCUGUUGGGCAGCAUCCUUGAAGAAGUGCACAUCCACUCUACCAUAGUUGGCAAAAUCUGGCUCACAAUCCUGUUCAUAUUUCGGAUGCUGGUGCUGGGAGUGGCUGCUGAAGAUGUCUGGGAUGAUGAGCAGUCUGAGUUCAUCUGCAACACAGAGCAACCUGGCUGCAACAAUAUCUGUUAUGACCAGGCCUUCCCCAUCUCUUUGAUCAGAUACUGGGUACUGCAGAUCAUAUUUGUCUCUUCUCCAUCACUAGUUUACAUGGGCCAUGCACUCUACAGGUUAAGGGCUCUCGAGAAAGAGCGACAGAAGAAGAAAGCCCACCUGCGAGCUCAGCUAGAAGACCUGGAACCCAUGCCUGAGGAGCACAGGAGAGUGGAGAGAGAACUGCGUAAGCUGGAGGAACAGAAGAAAGUGAAUAAGGCACCCCUGAGAGGGUCCCUGCUGCGCACCUAUGUCCUACAUAUCCUGACCCGAUCUGUGGUCGAAGUGGGCUUUAUGAUAGGUCAGUAUCUUUUAUAUGGGUUUCACAUGCCCCCCCUUUACAAAUGCACUCGGUCCCCUUGCCCUAACACGGUGGAUUGUUUUGUGUCCCGACCAACAGAGAAGACCAUCUUCAUGGUCUUCAUGAACAGCAUUGCUGCUGUCUCUCUGUUCCUCAACCUCCUAGAAAUCGCCCACCUGGGCCUCAAGAAGAUCAAGAAAAGCCUCUACUGGCGUCCGCCACGACUGGAGGAGGAGGCCAGCCUCUGCAACUCCAAGAAGAGCUCCGUGGUGCAGCCAGCCUCCCUGACCAGCAACGCCUCUCCUCUGCGGCCUUCCACAGCUCCGCAGCCUCCCAUUGCUCCCGCUACUGCCGCUCCCGCGGGGCAGCCGGAUGUUCAGCCGGGCCGCCAGCACCGCGGAGAGCUCCGCAGCGCCCCGCCGGCCCGCCGGCGGCACAGCGCAGGGCAGCACCACGGACAGCAGCCGCCGCCCUCCUCCAGCAGCGACGAGGCGUCGCGGGCACCCAGCACGGCGGCCUUAGCCCGCCGGGCGCCCCGCAGGCACAGCCGGGGCAGCGGCUGCCGCGACCGCGAUGAGGAACGCGGAGAAUCCCCGGACAGCGGGCACUGCCCGGGCACCCGCAACUCCAGCUUCCUCUCCCACGUCCUCACCGGGAGCCGGGAAAGCAGCGACAGCGACAGCGCCGCCUCCUGUGGAGACCCCGGCCGCGGCUCGGGCUCCGGCUCGGAGGGGAAGUGCCGGGAGGAGGACAGCCCGACCAGCAGCCCGCCGCCGGCCGCCGCCAUGGGCCGACGUGUGUCGAUGGCAAGUAGCGCCCUGCGGCCCAAGGGGAAGCCCAAGGGAGGGGGUGGCGGCGGAUCCUGGGCCGGGGCUGGCACCCCCGGCUGCCUGUCAGGGCCCCGGGGAGGAGGGGGCAAGCCGGGGGCAGGGAGGCUUGGGCUGCGCUUCCGACCCUAA